CUUAAUAAAUUCAUUGAAGCAAUUAUAAGUUCUGAUUUGAAGCAGUUGCCUGAAAAUGAACCGCUCCGAAGUUGGCACAUCAAUACCGAUACUAUCCCAUCCAUUGUGUUUAAUCAUUUUCCAUCUGAGUUCAAACAACUUCAUAUAAUUAAUGAUAAAUAUAGAUUUAUUCUUCCUGAUGAUGCUAAAAUUUGGUUUGAACUGA